AUGAAGACCUUCAGCGCCAUCGCCGCAUUGGCAGCAGUUAGCUCUGUAUACGCCGUCCCAACCCCCACAGAAGAGCUGGUCCCACGAUCAUCGUCAUCUGGAACGGCAACCACUUCCUCAGUCGGAAGUCUAGCUCCCGUCACAGUCAAGGGAAAUGCUUUCUGGGUAGGAGACACCCGAUUCUACAUGCGUGGUGUGGACUGGCAGCCAGGUGGUUCGUCCGACCCUACGGACCCCAUGGCCGAUGAGGCUACUUGCACCCGUGAUAUCGCAGAGUUCAAAAAGCUGGGCUUGAACGCUGUCCGUGUCUACACCGUCGACAACACUGCCGACCACGACACCUGCAUGAAGGCUCUAGACGAUGCCGGAAUCUACUUGGUGCUCGAUGUCAACACCCCCAAGUACUCCCUCAACCGGGCUACCCCCUCGCCAUCCUACAACGCCCCUUACCUUCAAUCCCUCUUCGCGACCAUUGAUGCAUUUGCCAAGUACAACAACACCCUUGCCUUCUUCUCUGGAAACGAGGUUAUCAACGACGACACCACCACGGCCUGUGCACCCUAUGUUAAGGCUGUCACUCGUGAUAUGCGACAGUACAUUGGAAGCCAAGGAUACCGUAAGAUCCCUGUCGGAUACUCUGCCGCUGAUGUUGAGUCAAACCGAUAUGAAAUGGCUGCGUACAUGAACUGCGGUACUGAUGAUGAGCGCUCGGAUUUCUACGCUUUCAACGACUACUCGUGGUGUGAUCCUUCUUCUUUCGCGACUGCUUGGUCCACCAAGAUUGAGAAGUUGGCUGGAUACGGUCUCCCCAUUUUCCUAUCUGAGUACGGUUGCAACACCAACACCCGCAAGUUCGAGGAAGUUGCAUCUCUCUAUGGCAGCGACACGUCUGCUAUCUACUCUGGUGGUCUCGUCUACGAAUACUCUGAGGAGGGAAGCAAGUACGGUCUCGUCACCAUCUCUGGAAGCGACGUUACCGAAGGCCCGGAUUUCACUGCUCUCCAGACUGCUUUGGCCGCACAAGCCAACCCCACCGGUGACGGAGGAUACAACGCUACUGGUGGUGCCAGUGCUUGCCCUGCCCAGUCCGACAGCUGGGACGUCUCCGAUGACUCUCUCCCAGCCAUCCCACUAAAGGCCGCCGCCAUGAUGAAGAGCGGUGCAGGAGCUGGACCUGGUCUCACUGGUGCUGGAUCCCAAAACGCAGGUGACACCUCCCCCGGUACUGCUACCGCCGGCUCUGGAUCCGUCUCCGCUGUCUCAACAAGUGCUGCUUCCAGCUCAUCUGGUUCAUCCAAGAAGAGUGCUGCUUCUUCCCUCAGCCCCAUGGACUUCCGUCCCAUGGCCAUCUCUGGUGUCGUAUUGUUCUUCUCGUUCUUCGGCGCCAUGUUGCUUUAA